AUGUCAACAAUUGAUGGAGUUUUUAGUGAGCAGGUGGCGACGCCGACGGUGGUGAAGAAGAUCCUGCGCUUCAAGCAGGAGAACCCGGGCAUGUUCGCGUGGGAGAUCCGCGACCAGCUGCUGGCGCAGCGCGUCUGCGACCCGCAGGCCAUCCCCAGCGUCAGCUCCGUCAACCGCAUCCUGCGCAACAGCGGCGCCUGGGCAGAGCCCGCGCACCACGCAGAGCCGGUGCUGAGCGUGUUCCCGCCACACGCAGCCGCCCCCAGCAGCGCGUUCACCUACGGCGGCGCUUGCAGUCGGCUGGACGCUUCUGCGGCGGUGGCGCCGGCGCCUCACCAACAGCAGCAGCAGCAGGCGACGCCACCCCCGCAGCCACAGCCACAGCACCCACCACAGCAGCAGCAACCACAGCAGAGGAAGCGCAACCCGUACUCCAUCGAGGAGCUGCUCAAGAAGCCGGACCGCCUGCCCCCGGCACCUCCCCUCGUCUUGCCGCCCCCGUGCGGGCUUCUGUUGGACAGGCCGUGCAGCUGUCGUCUCCUCGUCAAUGCCACCCCCAGCUGCCACUCGUAG